AUGGGAGGGCCGGCCGGCCGGCGCGCACCGACCGCGGGCCAGGCGGCCCGGCGGCAGCCCGCAUCUGCCGGGCACAAGUGCCCGGGCACACCUGGGUGGGGGGGUCCCUCUUCCCCCCGGGGUCCCGCCCACGACCCCGCGACCCCGCGAUCCCGCUCACUCCGCCCCUCCGACAUUCCCUCGGACACUCGCGCGGCGCGGCCGGCCAGCGCCUCCCCCCCCCCGACCCCGCACGCCGCCCCCGGCCCGUCCCGCUCGGCCACCCCCGCCCGGGACGGCGGGGACACCGCGUCCACGCGGCCGUCGGGCCUCGGCGCGCCGCUCCCACCUGAACUCGGCGCACGCCGGGCCGGCGGCCAGGCCCCGGCGCUCGGUCCCGAGGCCCAGCGGGGCGGGCGGCGGGCGGCGGCCUCGCUGCGGGUCCGGCGGCCGCCGCGGGCCGAGCCGCGGCUCCUGCCUUUCCCAGCUCCUCUGGAGUCCCCCACCGACGCGGGCGCCGCAGCCCCGCCGCGCAGCUCCGCCGACCCCGACCAGUCGCUGCGCGUCCACCCGGCCUCAGACCCCGACCCGGCCGGGCGCGCGGAGCCAAGGUCGCCGCCGCGGCCCUGUUUGCGCGUCUCCCUUGACUGCCAGACCCCCGGGAACAAAGCAGUGAAGAAGCGUGAAGGCCGGACCGGGGCGCGGGAGAAUGAAUGA